UUAAGCAGCCAAUAACAUUAGUCUUUGCUUGUUGAAGAAUGAGCAUGUUGUUUAUGGCAGGAGUUGUACCACUCUAACCACUGCACCUCUUAGUGAAUUUUAUCCCCGAGAAAAUGUCGAGCCGUGCUCUGCGGAGGCUGAAAGGGAAACAAAGGGGCCAAGAAGCCUUAGACAUGGGUAGUCUUGUUCCCGGUGAGGAACAGGCUGCUGAGGUUGAGGAGGAGGAAGGCGACUCUGCGCUGCAACCUAUCAGCAAAAGCAGCAACCAAAAAGCCAAGAAAAACAAGAGUCAGAAGAACCUUAGCAAUAUUUAUGAGCUGAUAUGUGAAGCUGAGAACGAGGUAGAGAAAGAGGACACUAAUGCAGUGAAGCCUGAAGAGAAAAGCGAGGAGGGCAGGGAGAAGAGUGACAGCGGAGAUACGGAGAAGAGGAUUCCACAAGCUGAGACGGGGGCAGUCAAGUCUCCAGCUGUAGACAAAGUGAAAAAGAAGAAGAAAAAGAAGAAGAAGAAAAACACUUCAGGAGACACACAGGAGGAGGCAGCAGAGGACAUCGAUGCCCUCCUGGAGAGUAUGGAGCAGCUGGGCAGCCUGACCCUCCAGAGCGAUGGCUGCGGAGCGGCAGGAAGCAGGCCGGUUCUACAUGUGGAGCACAGGAACCUGAAUCCAGAGACUGAACUGAAAAGGUACUUCGGAGCACGAGCAGUUCUGGGGGACCAGAGACCUCGUCAAAGACAGAGGCAGUUCCAUCGCAGCACCUGGAUGACCAUUCCUAAAGACACCUGGCCGCGCUUUAGCCGUCCAGGUAUCUCCAUGACUCUGUUGGAGAGCAGGGCUGGACUUCAGUUCUUCACCCUGGAACACAGCCGGGAUUACCAGCAGGUUCAGUUCAAGUUCAUGGAUGCUGUGGAGUCCAUGGAUCCCAACAACAUAGUGGCCCUGCUGCAGAUGAACCCCUACCACAUCGACUCUCUGCUGCAGCUGUCUGAUGUGAGCCGCAUCCAGGAGGACCAGGAGAUGGCCAGGGACCUCAUAGAGAGGGCUCUGUACAGCUUUGAGUGUGCAUUCCACCCUUUGUUCAGCUUGACCUCAGGGACCUGCAGACUGAGCUACCAAAGAUCAGAGAACAGAGCGUUGUAUUUGACUCUGUACAAGCACAUGAUGUUUCUGGAGAGGAGGGGCUGCCCUCGGACUGCCCUCGAGUAUUGCCGCCUCCUUCUCAGUCUGGACCCGGACGGUGACCCACUCUGUAUGCUGCUGCUCAUAGACUUCCUGUCACUGCGCUCAAGAGAAUACCACUUCCUGCUUCGCCUUUAUCAGGAGUGGGAGGUGCACAGGAAUUUGUCCCAGCUCCCCAACUUUGCGUUUUCUGUGGCACUCUGCCACUUCCAGCUGAGUCAGCAGGAGGGGGCGGAGCCUCAGGAGAGAGACACACACAGAGACAAGGCUGACCAGCUGCUGCAGUAUGCACUCAUCAUGUUCCCUGGAGCGCUGAUGCCUCUGCUGGACCUGUGCACAGUGCAGCCAGAUGCAGCUGUAUCGUCUCAUGCCUUCUUCGGCCAUAGGAGUCAGCUGGGACAGCCCCCAGCCCUGGCAGAGCUGGUGGGUCUGUACGUGGGGCGGAGCCACAUGCUGUGGCGUGAGGGCGGGGUGCUGUUGUGGCUGGAGCAGAAUGUGGCGCAGGUGCUGCUCAGAGUGGACAGCGAUGAACCUCUGGUAGAGGACUGCCUCAACAAGAGGAAGGAGAGGUACCAGAGUCCUUCCCGCAACAUCCAUCGCCAUGUCAUCCUGUCUGAGAUCAAGGAGGCCACCUCUGCCCUUCCCCUGGAUGUGACCACUCAACCGAUAAUGGGGUUUGACCCACUCCCCCCUUUGGACUCCUUGGUGUCAUAUUCCCGACCAGAGAGACCAAGUGUGGGUGCUUCUAAUGAGAGUACCUUGUCACUGUUCUUCCGCUCUCUGCUGCCCAACUUCAACCUACAGGGCGGCCAGAGACCGGAGGACGACCUGGAAGUGGCUCGCGCAGGGCGGGAGCUUAACCAGGAAGUAAACCGUCUGAUGGUGGCCAUGAGAGACAUGCUGGCCAACAUCCAGUUCCAGGAGCCACCCAGAGAGGACAACCCUGACAGGGAUGAGGAAGAAUGGGACUGAGAUGGGGGGAAGAAAGGAAGGUGCAUGAACUAGAAGGGGGGGGGAUAAGGAUGAAGAACAUGGAAGGAGAGCAGAGAAAACAAGUAGGAUGCAACACCUGAGACGGUUACCAUAAGAACAGAUCAAGAUCAUGUUCUGGUGGAUGAACAACAUGCUAAUAAUAAUAAUAAUAAUAGAUCCUAAUGAGGGUCUGGCUCAUUUCUCUAAUUAUAACAUUCUGAAGUGCACCCUGGUCCUACACUCUCUCCCUUUCUCCUCCCUCUCUUCUCCCUCAUCCCUCCCUUUCUCCUCCCUCUCUUCUCCCUCAUCCCUCCCUUUCUUCUCAGUUUGAUAGAAUGCUACUUGAUGAAAACAUCUGAUUGCUUAUCAGGAAUAUAACAUGGGCUUUUUGUGAAAAUGUUAAUAUUUAAACCUAGGUUUGAUCAUGAGAGAAAUCAAUUUGCUGUUUCAAAAAUGGAUGGGCUCCUGUAGUGUUGUCCUAACAGCCAAGUGACGGUCAACUGCAAUGCUCGAGAGAUGAAUUCUGAUAAAAGUCAGAACUGCUCAAUAAAGUAUCACAUGAUCAUAACACAUGGUUUAAAAACAGGAAGUCAUUGAUGUUCAUAUUGUUUCACAGUAAACUUUAAAUGAUUUUAAUAUGAUUUGGCUUAUCGGAAGAAUUUAUUCUUCUUAGAAGUUGUCCUCCUCACUGAUUAGAAAAUAAAUGUUCCUAAUGUUUCAAUACG